AACAGACUUCAGAAAGCCUAAGACCUUCACAGAGUGCAGCACGGAGAGAGAGAGAAAGAGAGAGAGAGAGAGAGACAGAGAAAGGGGGAAAGUCGGAGCUAUAGCUGAGACACACCGUGUUCAUCUAAGUGGCUUUUAACGAUCAUUUAUAAAAAUGAGUGGCAAAUAUUGACGUGGAACUGUGAUACUUAAUUAAAGGGACGGUCUCAGAAGUUAAAACUGAGCUUGAUUUUGAAAGCGCUUACCCGACUUUUUUCUACGGUUAAACUGAGAGAAGAAGACUGAGGACAUCAGCACGGGAAAAGAGAGAGACAGAGAGAGAGAGAGGGAGAGAGAGAGAAAGAGAGAGAGAGAGAGAGAGAGAGGAGCGAAGAAGCGGAUCUCUCGCUGCCCGGCUGCUGUCCAGUGCUGAAUAUUGCCUGUCUAUACAUGCGUGCAGUCGGAGCUAUCCAGUGCUGAAGUUGCAUUUCUGACCAGCGGAACAGCGCUGCCUCACGAAAAUCGGAAACGUUCUCAGGCUUUUCGUCCGUGCUGAUAUCUGGUCACACAAUCCGGAGAAGCUAUUCUGCCCGUCUGUACUGCACCUUUUCCUCAGCCUUGCAUGAGGAGUGACAGACUUGCCCACCGGACGAGUGUUGUUUCGUGCCACGUAGAACCAUGCCAAGAUCUUUUCUGGUAAAAAAGGUUAAGGUCGAUGAUUUCUCAUCUGCUGAUCUGGAGAGCCAUUACGGCAGGUCGAGGACCGACCUUAGCCUCCGCUUUCACGAAAAAGGGUACAUCAGUGACUACAUGACCCCGUCUGUCUACGAUGGUGAAAGUGACAAUGGCAUCAAAGUACCCUCUCCCAGCCCCAUAUACGACGGCAUCCACAGCGACUACGGAACACCGGACUCGGACCAGCCCGACAGCCCACAGUCCGAGAUCUCAUCCGGCUACAUCAACGGGGACACCGCCGUGAGCGAAGGCUACACAGUAGACGCUUUCUUCAUCACCGAUGGAAGGUCGAGGAGAAAAGCCAUCAGCAGCCCCAGGACCAUACAGCGUCACACGUGCAACGAGUGCGGGAAGACGUACGCCACGUCCUCCAACCUUAGUAGGCACAAGCAGACCCACCGGAGCCUGGAGAGCAAGAUGGCCAAGAAAUGCCCCACCUGUGGGAAGGUGUACGUGUCUAUGCCCGCAAUGGCCAUGCACCUCCUUACCCACGACCUCAAGCACAAGUGUGACAUAUGUAGCAAGGCCUUCAGCAGACCUUGGCUCCUCCAGGGUCACAUGCGGUCACACACCGGCGAAAAGCCCUUUGGAUGCGCACACUGCGGAAAGGCGUUCGCCGACCGCUCCAACCUCCGCGCUCACAUGCAGACGCACUCCGCCUUCAAGCACUACAAGUGCAAGAGAUGCAACAAGACCUUUGCUCUAAAGUCCUACCUUAACAAGCACUACGAGUCUGCCUGCUUUAAAGGCGAGUUCUCGCCCAUGAGCUCCAUUGACGAUUGACUUCUGUUUUAAGCCUAUCCAUGAACAAGUGAAACUUCUUCCAACGCGAUCCCUGUAUUCUUCACUCGACAACCUGUUCCACGAUGACGACAGCACCGUUAAUUCUCUCCUGCAGCAAACAACUCCACCAAGGACAUGUUGGAUUACGCAUGUAGCCUACCUAACUUUUUUCCAUGGGCUAUCCACCCUUGACCCUAUAACAACAACAACAACAACUCGUUCAAGUAUUAUGAGCCGAAAUAUCAUGUUUGCCAAACUCACAGGACAUUAAAAAUGUCUUUAAUUUCUCUCAAAGGUCAAACCUUUUUUUAAGUAUUGGACAAUGUUGUACUGCUGCCACUGGCCACAAACGUGUUCUACAUUGAGGUAAACCUAUUUAUUAAUUUAUGUAUUUAUUUAUUUUUACUAUAAGUUUGUCUAGAAUCUUCAUUUGCACUUUAAUUUAUUGUUGUUUUGCAAGCCUUCGUCAUGAAUAUGCCAAAGCAUUUGCCACUUUCUAAAUAUCUUCUUAUUUUUGUUUGCCACUUUAUAAACAUAUUGCAUGCAAAAAAUGAUACUAAUGAAAUCUAUGCCAAUUUUAUGAAGCUUUGGAUUUUUGCCAAAAUCUAGUUAGCGUCCGUCGGCAAUAUUUCUCGGGAGUAUUCUCAUAAAGAGCUAUAGAGCAAUAAUGCAUGGUAUUGGUAAAAUAUACAUGACUAAUAACUAUAACAUUUUUAACACAUCAUCCUUUUAUCCAAUACUCUUAGUAGUCAUACGAAAAUGUAAUAUCAGGGAAAAAUCAGUGUGGUAUUUACGGAUUAACCCAAGGGGUGGGCAGGGGAGGGGUCCUUUUGUAAAUGGUUGCACUGCCUGCCUCGUAUUUAUCGUAGUCUUAGAACGUAGGCUUCUGGUGCGGAUCAAGUAGUUCCAGGCAAUCCAGAACAUCUCAUCACCAAGUAUGUGGAACAAACGCCCAAGGCCCAAGGGUGGCAACCCCCAUAUCCCAUCUGUCACAGGUGAACCAAGUUUAGGGGUCCCUUCUAAGAAACAUUGCACUGCACCGGGUCUCAAAAUGAACGACACAAUAAGAUGACCUUACUUUAGCCAUGAUAAAGUCCAUUCAUCUUAUAAAAGCACUUCCUCAAACGAACAUUUCAACUUUUUAAAGAUAGUAGCACAACAAGUAUAGAUUCAGGUAGAAAGGCCUUGUAUUAGCUAUAACCUCUGUUUUUGUACUACAAUGAUCAAAGGGACCUGUUUAUCGCUAGACGCCUUGUACAUAAACCCUUUGAUGAAUCUAAUAUUUCUACAAACUGUAAAGAAUCAAAUGAAUCUUAUUUCUGGAGUUCUUUUCCCUGGGAUUUUUAUGCCCAGUAUUUGAACGAUGUUAAAGCACAACGACACCGGGCAUUUUGUCUCACUUCAUAAUAAAGAAUGAAUAAAGACCUAA